CACUUCCGUUGCUCUACGGCUGGUUAGAAGGCGCCGGUGCGGUACUCGAGUUCUCUAUGAGCAGCCGGUAGAGGAGGACGGAGGCGCCAUUUUGUGAAAUUUAAAUAGAUCUACCAGCGACAUGUACCCCAGUACGCUGCUCCACCUGGCCCGGGCGAAUCCCUUCAGCGCCCCGCUUUUCACGCUCCAGAAGACGGAGGAGCCCUCGCGGCCAGCCGCCGAUGGACAGACCCGCAGACUGGCAGCAGCUUCAGUGGCUGACUCGGGCAACAGCUGUGAGUUUGGUUCAACAAAAUACUACGCUCUCUGCGGCUUUGGUGGCAUCUUGAGCUGCGGUAUUACACACACAGCUGUAGUGCCCCUUGACUUGGUCAAAUGUCGGCUUCAGGUGGACCCUGCGAAGUACCAGAGCAUCUUUAAGGGAUUCUCGGUCACAAUCAGGGAAGACGGUGUGCGGGGGCUUGCUAAAGGGUGGGCACCCACCUUCAUCGGAUACUCCAUGCAGGGUCUCUGCAAGUUUGGUUUCUAUGAGGUGUUUAAGAUCUUCUACGGGGACAUGCUUGGAGAGGAAAAUGCCUACAUGUGGAGAACCUCUCUGUACCUCGCAGCCUCUGCCAGUGCAGAGUUCUUUGCUGAUAUAGCUCUGGCCCCUAUGGAGGCAUGUAAAGUGCGCAUCCAGACCCAGCCUGGCUAUGCCAACACCCUGAGGGAGUGUGCCCCCAAGAUGUACGCUGAGGAGGGUCUCUGGGCGUUCUACAAGGGUGUUGUUCCCCUGUGGAUGAGACAGAUUCCCUACACCAUGAUGAAGUUUGCCUGCUUUGAGCGCACAGUUGAGUUGCUCUACAAGUAUGUGGUGCCCAAACCCCGCAGCGAGUGCAGCAAGCCUGAGCAGCUGGUGGUCACCUUUGUGGCUGGUUACAUUGCUGGUGUUUUCUGUGCCAUCGUGUCCCACCCUGCUGACUCUGUGGUGUCGGUGCUGAACAAGGAAAAGGGAAGCACAGCAGCUCAAGUGCUGAAGAGACUUGGGCCCAUGGGUGUUUGGAAGGGUCUGGUUGCCCGUAUCAUUAUGAUCGGUACCCUGACCGCCCUGCAGUGGUUCAUUUAUGACUCUGUGAAGGUGUACUUCCGUCUGCCCCGUCCUCCUCCCCCUGAGAUGCCUGAGUCACUGAAGAAGAAGUUGGGUCUCACGGAGUAGAGAACUGCUUAUUGCCCUGUCCGUCAUGUUUUCUAUAUUUAAGCUCCCACAGCUAUACUGUUCCUCCCAGGCUGCUGCUCAUCAGUCAUCAGGACACUGAGAGGGAUUUCCUCCACGUGUAGAGAUUUCAUUUAGAUUAUGACUUGAGUAAAUUCCAUCUGGUUUUAAACUGUUAAUAUUAUGAAAAAAGAAACUUUGAAACUUAAGGAUGCAAUACUGUCUUUUCUUAUUCUGUUCAAAGGUUAUAUUGCACAUACUCUACUGAACUACAGGAAUAACUGAUAGCCAGUCUUUGUCCCAUAAGUAUUUAAAUUCACACGGAGUACAGCAAUGCAUUAUUAGGAUAUUCAUCAACUAAAAGGGAUGAAAUAAAGAAUGUCCACAAUA